CAUUCGCUGCUGUGCUCACACACAGCUACUACAGAUUUCCACCCAGUAUAUUUUUGCGUAUUUAACUAUUUGUACUAUCUAUCUUUUUAAAACUAUAAAAAAAAACCAUAAUGAAUUUAAUCCAGAUCUGCUUUCUGAUAUGGUGCCUGGUUAUCUCGGUUCCAGCUAUGUUCUUUGAUUUGUCGCAGCAGAGAGAAAAGUGUAUAAUUGAGGAGAUUCCUGAGGACACCCUCGUCACAGGUUAUAUCUUAUUGGAACACUGGGAUAAAAAGCAGGAACGCUCUCCACACCUUGGAUUAACCGUCACUAUUAAAGACCCUAAUCUUGAGGUAUUGUUGAUGAAAAAAAUUGGCAAAUAUGGAAAAUUCACCUUCACAUCUCAUUCCUCUGGUCAGCAUUUUGUCUGUGUGAAAUCAAACACUACAAGAUUCUCUGUGUUUGCAGAUGAGCUUUUGAAAGUGCAUCUUGACGUGCAAAUGGUAGAACACACAAUUGAUCCCACAGCUGUGAAGACCAAAGACACCAUUGAAUCACUGGAGUUUAAAAUGCGGCACCUGAUAGCCCAGAUGCAGUUCAUCAGCAAGCAGCAAGACUUUGAGAGGGAACGCGAGGAAACAUUUCGCCAGAUGAGUGAAGAAACAAAUGGAAAUGUUUUGUGGUGGGCAAUAAUCCAGACCUCAUUACUGCUCACAGUGGGAUUCUGGCAAAUAAGAAGCUUGAAGAACUUUUUCAUCGAAAAGAAAUUGGUCUAACAACAAUUUAACUACAUAUAAAUAAGUAGCUACCAAAGUAGAAAGCUAAUAUAACUAGCAAAGAUGAAGCAUCUGUCAUGCUGUAAAGUGUUUGUCUUAUUAUAUUAACUAUGUUUUUUGACUUUCUAUCUAAUUAAUAUAAUAAAGCAUU